UCUACCAGCGGUCUGUUUCAAGUUCCCCCAAUAGAAACUGUGCCUGAUUUGUGGCCAAUGUUGGAGAUGUAAAAAAGGAGGAAAAACACUAAGGGGUAGCUAUGGAGAUAGAAGGUUAUCCUUGCUGCUUUCUUUGACAGGUGUUGAGUGGGGUAAAAGUGUUAAAACAGAAUCUCCAGCAUGUACGCCAAAGGAAAAGGAGCUGUCGUACCAUCCGAUAGCCAAGCGAGAGAAAAGUUAGCUUUAUACGUGUACGAGUACCUUCUGCAUGUUGGGGCCCAGAAGUCAGCCCAGACGUUCCUGUCCGAGAUUCGAUGGGAGAAGAACAUCACACUGGGGGAGCCUCCAGGAUUUCUUCACUCAUGGUGGUGUGUAUUCUGGGACCUGUACUGCGCUGCUCCGGACCGGCGAGAGACAUGUGAACACUCCAGCGAGGCCAAAGCCUUCCAUGACUAUAGUGCGGCUGCUGCCCCCAGCCCGGUGAUGGGCAACAUGCCUCCCAAUGACGGCAUGCCAGGUGGUCCGAUGCCCCCCGGCUUUUUCCAGGGCCCCCCCGGGUCCCAGCCAUCUCCGCACGCUCAGCCCCCGCCACACAACCCCAGCAACCCCAUGAUGGCCUCCCACGGACAGCCUUUCAUGUCUCCGAGGUACCCUGGGGGGCCCCGCCCCCCCCUCCGCAUGCCAAACCAGCCCCCUGUUGGAGUCCCAGGGUCCCAGCCCCUACUUCCCAACAGCUUGGACCCAACCAGACCCCAAGGGCAUCCAAACAUGGGAGGUCCAAUGCGCAUGAACCCCCCACGUGGGAUGGGAGGCAUGGGCCCCCAGAACUAUGGCGGGAUGCGGCCCCCUCCCAACUCGCUGGGUGGGCCGGGCAUGCCGGGGAUGAACAUGGGUCCUGGAGGACGAGGUCCUUGGCCCAAUCCUAAUGCAAAUUCGAUAGCAUACUCCUCCUCUUCUCCAGGAAAUUAUGUGGGCCCCCCAGGGGGAGGAGGCCCACCAGGAACUCCCAUCAUGCCGAGUCCCGGAGACUCUACGAACUCCAGUGAGAACAUCUACACCAUGAUGAAUCCCAUCGGCCCAGGGGGCAACAGGCCCAAUUUCCCAAUGGGGCCCGGUCCUGACGGCCCGAUGGGAGGGAUGGGCAGCAUGGAGCCGCACCACAUGAACGGGUCACUAGGAUCAGGUGACAUGGAUGGGUUGCCAAAGAACUCUCCCAACAACAUGGCGGGCAUGAACAACCCGCCCGGUACACCGCGUGACGACGGGGAGAUGACUGGCAACUUCCUCAACCCAUUCCAAAGUGAAAGUUAUUCACCCAACAUGACGAUGAGUGUGUGAUUUUUCAUUAUUACCCUUUAUUUUUAUUUUUUAUUUGUACUUUUUACACCUCACCCACCACUCCUGUCCCUGGUCCUGUCCCUCACACUCCCACCCCAUGGACUCUGCGUCACCCCCAUCGACUUUACCCCCCCCCCCCUUCCCUCGGGGAUGCCUUGCAUAGCCCCCAGGGAUGGCCCUGGAGCACAGGACUGGCGCCAAACCAGUCCAAACCGCUGCGUGCAAAAUGGCCGCCACCAAUGGUAGGAAGCCACCUCUGCGGCAGAGGAAAACCUUCCUGUCUGACUCCGCAUGCCUCCCAGGCUUCUUGAGCAGCCUGGACCAGUAAGGCUUUGGAGAAAACCAGAGGGGCAGAACCAGCAGCCCACGCCGUGCACCAGGGGUUCUCUACUCUCGCUUCAUCAUGCUUCUGGACCUCUGAACAGAGCAGCUGGUCCAGGAGGCCCAAAUGCACCUCAUUAAAUUCAUUUGUACACACGGACUGAGAGAAGGAACUUGUGUUGUAUUGGGCAAGAAAAUAUUUUCUGGGUUGUACUGUGUAUGUAUUGUACGAUGAAUAUUGUUAUUUUAUUAUUGAUAUUGUAAUGAUUAGCUUUAAUUUUUUUUUUUUUAUUAUUUUAUCUUCGGGAGGGCACGAUGUAUUCCCAUAAGACGGUCAAAUAAGCACACCCUCCAAAUGCACAAUGGACUCUGUUUACUUGACCUCUGGAAAAGGUAGUCGUUCAUCUUCAUUUAUUGACUCCCUGCAAAUGCUGCCUGGUUUCUUAGACCCCUAUCACACAGCCAAGUGGGACUGUUUCCUGCUGCCAUAGACACGCCCCUCGUCACCAUAGACACGCCCCUCAUCACCAUAGACACGCCCCUCGUCGCCAUAGAUGUGCCUCCACGCUGUUGAAGGCAAAGUCUGCUGAGAAUGGCCAUUCCCGUCCAGGCCCAGACCCAGUGGUUCGGUACUGUAGACUAGGUUUUUAAUGUGAUCUUGAGGCUGGGUAAAUUUUAUGAGACGCAUACUAAGGGAUUUUAUACAGUAUCCUAUUUUGUGAUCAGUUUCAGGUUUAUGUGCAGACCACUGGUUUUGUGCAGGGUUUAUGUUUAUAUAGUAUUACUCUAACAUACCAUCUGACUGAUCAUUUCCGUUGACUCGUGUGGGACAUCAGUACAGUUCAGUAGAGCUGUGAUUCUUGUCUGACUGUUUUCCAUAUGAUGUCCUGAGGCCCAGCCGUCUCCCCUUUACCCCCUAGAAAUCACUGCCUUUCAUUUGGUCUCCGCCAGGGGUCUGCAUGUGUGUUUUUUUUUCCCCACUUUGCCUCAGUUUUUUCCAUCCUGGUUUUGCAGUAGCAGAGCUCCGACUGCAUGAGGUCCUCCGUGACAUAAGGGGUCAUGUGACCAGAUGAGUUUUAUUGCCAACCGUCGUAAAAGCCCUGCUGUGCACAUUGGCCAGUGUCAGUGGGACUGAGGUGUCCCGAGUUAUCUUGGCUAAGACUUUUAUUCGUGGUUUUGCCCGUGCUGAGCGCUUUGCUCCCACUCGUCACUGGAAGACGAUCCUUCCACAGCGUUGUGUUACUACGCCACUGCUUUUACUUGGGCCGUGUGUAAAAGGCACCACAGCAGGUUAUAGUAGUUCACUGCCAGUUGCCAUCUUGCGCUGGCUUAUCCGCUCGCGAGCCUCAGGCAGCCUCAUGCCUGCCCAUAGGGGGCUCCACUGGGCCACUCACGGCCGUACCAAGCAGGCAACUUGGUCUGAUAUGGAAUCCAAGGUUUUUUUUUGUUUUUUUUUUUUUCUCGGCACUUCUCAUGAUUAUGAAAUAUUUCAUGGGGAAGGUGCUACUCGAUCUGCACCUAGUUGGUGGUCCCCGGCCACCUUGGAGACACUGCUUCGGCUCUGGCCAGUGACCUUAGCUUUGACAUGACUGGUGCCCUUUGCCCCGUGUCCCUCCCUUCUGUAGGAAUGACUUUCGCGACCCCCCCCGGCCAGGUGUUAAAGUCUUGCGGAGCUCCGACUCCAAGUUGGACACCCAGUCAGAUCGCCUGGUGACUGGUUUUUUUGUGAAGAGCUGCAGUGACUGACCUUAAGCUGCCCUCUCUGCCGCCAACCAUUAAGGCCCAGUACGCCUGCUCUCACCAGUUUCCUGCUCCCAGUUUUUAUUUUAUUCGUUGUGGUAUGUAAAUACUGUAAAAUGCAUUUUGAUAUUGACAUGUUUUGAUAUGUCACUACCAAUGAAUACAGCUCCAAAAAAAUGUGCAGAUUGGGGGUGACAAAUUCCUGGGAUUUUAUUCAAGAAACGAUGUGCUUUUAUUUAGCUGCUCUAUCAGAUCCACAAUUGUAAAGGUGACAACAUUCAGUGACCGAAUAUUGCAUUAAAUGGCCAUAAUAUUUGUGCCCUGAAUAUUA